UUCAUCAACCAGUUCUCCCUGUUCGAGUCAUCCCUUACGCAGCUGCUCCAACCUCACCACUACUACGCCAAUAAUUAAUGAUAAUCCCACAACCAUGCCUUCCAGGCUGGACUCAGGCGGCCCAACCUAUGCGGCACGGCCUUCCGAGUCUACGAACGGCCGUCCACACACAGCAACAGACGAGAGAGAGCCCGUGGAUCUCGACCGACGCCCAUUGACGGCACCGGGAAAUAAGCAUAAUAUUUCCCUCAUCAUCUCCCAAGAUGACUCCGACCCCGACCCACCCAAGAGAGCCUCGAGGCCCCAGCUCCUGAGAUCGAAGAGCGAAUAUACCGUCCGCCGCGAAGACUCAGAACAAGCCGACGAGGAGAUCCCCGAAUGGGGCGCACGCCACGGGUUCGAAGACCAUUACCAGUCGGAAGAUAUCAUUUCCCAGCUUGCUAGUAAUUGGUACAUGUACUUCACAGAGAAGCGACACGAAACUACGGGGCAGCCAGAAUCCCCCAACUAUGCGAUAGAGGACUGGCGGAUGCGAGACCGCUUAAAAACGGUGUCGGCUGCUCUGGCAGUCUGCUUAAACAUCGGUGUUGAGCCCCCUGAUCAGCUCAAGACGAACCCGGGGGCCAAACUGGAGGCAUGGCAAGAUCCUUUUGUGCCCCCAGCCGCAAAGGCUCUGGAGGCAAUUGGGAAAUCCCUACAAGCACAGUACGAGAACAUCUCUCUACGGACAAGGUAUAAGCAGUAUCUGGAUCCCUCCGUGGAAGAGACGAAGAGAUUCUGCCAGUCAUUGCGGAGGAACGCAAAGGAUGAGCGUGUCCUGCUUCAUUACAAUGGCCACGGCGUGCCGAAGCCGACCGCGUCGGGGGAGAUAUGGGUGUUCAACAAAACUUUCACCCAAUACAUACCCAUUUCCUUAUAUGAUCUCCAGCACUGGCUGCAGGCGCCUACCAUCUUCGUUUGGGACUGCUCCGAAGCUGGUAAUAUCUUGAAUAACUACCACCGUUUCGUGGAGAAGCAUGAGGAGGAGGAAGAAGCAUCAGCUGCUGCUGAUCCCAACUAUGAAAAGACCAAAUAUCGUUCAUACCUUCAUCUUGCAGCCUGCGCGGUCAAGGAGAAUCUCCCGACCAACCCCCGCCUCCCGGCUGACUUGUUCACAGCUUGCUUGACGACACCGAUAGAGAUGGCAUUGUGGUUCUUCGUCUUGCAGAAUCCUCUUAAGACGAGUAUCACGCCAGAAAGAGCCAAGAAACUGCCCGGCAGAUUGCAAGAAAGAAGAACGCCACUUGGAGAACUAAAUUGGAUCUUUACAGCGAUCACUGACACCAUUGCGUGGACCUCCUUGCCGCGGCAGCUAUUCCGAAAAUUCUUCCGGCAAGAUCUCAUGGUCGCUGCCCUGUUCCGGAAUUUCAUCCUAGCCCAGAGGAUUAUGAUGGUCUACGGUUGCCAUCCCCAGUCGUACCCGGAACUACCAGAUACUCACCAACACCCACUAUGGGAGAGCUGGGAUCUGGCUGUCGACUUGGCCUUAGCACAGCUGCCCAUGAUGGAACGCAAGGAGAGUGAAGGGAUUGAAUACGAAUACCAAAGCUCCACGUUUUUCGCCGAACAGUUGACCGCUUUCGAAGUGUACCUUGCCCGCGGCGACGCCAUGCAACAGAAGCCUCCCGAGCAGCUCCCCGUCGUACUCCAGGUGCUGCUUAGCCAGCAGCACAGAGUUCGUGCCCUCAUACUAUUGGGCAAAUUCCUGGACUUGGGCCCUUGGGCAGUCCACCUGGCUCUAAGCAUCGGCAUCUUCCCAUACGUGCUGAAGCUCCUUCAAUCCGCCGCAGCGGAGCUGAAGCCCGUGAUGGUGUUCAUUUGGACUCGAGUCCUUGCCGUAGAUGUUUCCUGCCAGCCCGACCUGAUUAAAGACAGCGGCUACAACUAUUUCGCGUCCAUACUCAACCCGUCGGAGGCGCUUGCCGUCGCUAAUAGCGACGAGCACAAGGCGAUGUGCGCGUUCGUGCUGUCGAUGCUGUGCAAAGGGUACAGGCCCGGUCAGUCUGUGUGCAAUCAGUCGAACAUCAUGACCUAUUGCCUAGUUCAUCUUAAGAACGAGGAAAACGUGCUGCUACGCCAGUGGGCGUGUCUAUGUAUCAGCCAAUUAUGGCAGGAUCUUCCCGAGGCCAAGUGGAGAGGCAUUAGGGAGAGCGUUCCUGCGAAGCUGUUCGAUCUAAUCAGGGAUCAAGCUUGCGAAGUACGAGCCGCAGUCAUCCAUGCCAUGACGACUUUCCUAGGCAUCCCGGAACUCACGGACGAGGUUGCUAGGAUCGAGGAAUCUAUAGCCUGGAUGCUGAUAGACAUGGCCAACGAUGGAAGUCCCCUCGUCCGCAAAGAGCUGCUCGUCUUCAUCUCCCACUUCGUUGUUCGUUAUGAGAACAAAUUUAUCGUUGCGGCCUACGAGCAAUUGGCCGAAGAAAGAGAGUAUCUUCUCUUCCCUCCGAAAGACGACGGUUUGGAGCAUAAGAUGGGAUUACACUUUACCCGUCCCGAGAACCGGAAUUCGGAUGGGACGAUCAAGGCUUCGGCUCGGGGAUUGUCUUCCGACACCGUCUAUGCGGCUUGUUGGAAGCACAUAUUGAUACUGAACGUAGACCCCCACCCCGAAGUCCAGCGAGAUGCAACCAUCAUCGUCGACCAUGUCCACAAUGCACUCCUGUCAUCGCCCGUCGGCAUCCAUGCCCAGACGUUGAUGGAUGAGAUUCAAAGGCGCGCGCGGCGGUCUCGUGGCCACAGGAAACAGCCUUCGACGUCGCGGAGCGGGAUAAUGGGAACAUCGGCUUCUGACAUGUCCCCCCCGGAGCCUUCACCUAGCAUCCUAAAGCGGACUGCUAGUUUACUGUUCCAGCUGCCGAGCAUGUGGAGCGGCGAAACAGCGACUACUACACCGCCACCGUCUUCUGGAGUCGCGAGGACCUCGUCUCAGAGACUGCGGCCUGCCGGCGAUUGGAGCGCUCCGCUUGAACAAACCGACCCAACUAGCGCGUCGGCCCACUACCACGUAGCUGAUGAGCCCGUCUCAGGGCGGUUCAAAGAUCGGAAUCUAGAGGAGAGGCCCUCCCUGCCGCUCCCGAGCACGUUUCUUGACUGGUCGAUUGAAUAUUUCCGUGAGCCGCAGAUGCAUCCUAGCGAGGCCGAAGAACCAGGAAGCACGGAGUACAACGAGCGUCUGUGGCGGAGAUCACGAAAUGAGAACAUACUCCGUGAAACCCAGCCGCAGAAGCACUACGCCGGCAGCCAUAAAUGGAACAACCAACUCUGCAUCAUGAAAAAUGGUGCUCAGCCGGCCAAAAUGAAUUUCCAUCAAUAUGAGGAUCAUCUAGCGGUGGCAGACGACGGCAACACGGUCCACAUAUGGGACUGGAAGAAGCAAGCCAGGUUGAAUCGAUUUUCUAAUGGCAACCCUGACGGAUCGAAGAUAAGCGACAUGACAUUUAUCAACGAGGACGACACGGCGUUUUUAAUGACGGGUUCAUCGGACGGCGUCCUGAGGAUCUAUCGAAAUUACGAUCAAGCCAAGAAAACCGAGUUGGCGUCGGCGUGGAGGGCACUCACCCAUAUGGUUCCGAGCAAUGUUAACUCGGGGAUGGUCUUCGAUUGGCAGCAGGUGACUGGUAAUGUGCUUGUUGCCGGAGACGUCCGCGUGAUACGAGUUUGGGCUGCCGCAUACGAGACAUGCGUUAUGGACAUACCGGCGCGUUCUGGAUCUUGCGUUACAUCGCUGACGUCGGACCAAAUGACCGGAAACAUAUUCGUGGCCGGAUUUGGUGACGGCGCCGUUCGAGUGUUUGACACGCGACUCCGACCUCAGGAAUCCAUGGUGAAAAAAUGGAAGGACGACUCCGAUCGUCAGUGGAUUAGAAACGUACACAUGCAACGGGGCGGCCAGCGCGAGCUACUCUCUGCGAGCCGAAAUGGAAAGGUAAAGUUGUGGGAUAUUCGGAUGGACUCGCCGCUCCGUGUUAUCCAAGCCACACGCGAUACCCUUCGCACGGCGAGCACACACGAACACCUACCGGUAUUCUCUGUCGGAACGUCUGCGCAUAUCGUCAAGGUCUUCAACUUCGAGGGCCACGAGCUCUCCCGGAUGGAGCCGUACUCUAGCUUUCUCCAGCAGAAUCGAGGCGCGCCUAUCUCUACUACGGCUUUCCACCCUCACCGCAUGGUCCUCGGCUGCGCGGCGCGCGGAGAUCAGCAUAUCAACCUGUUCACCUGCGCUAGCGAGAAGCCGGAGGCUUUCCUCAACGCUCUGUGAUAAUAAACCCCCCUUGCCCUCCCUUUGAGAACUACCCUCCUGCCACCUCCCUUUCGCACCCAUCCUCCCCCAUUUCCUUGCUCGGCCGGCAUCAUGUGAGGGAAUGACUUGAAUGACAACAACCAGAUGAACGGAGUUCUUUGUAAUGACCAUUUGCAUCCUUACUCUUCUAUCCCCCCCCCCCCCCUCCCCCUCCCCUUCUGUUCUUCUCUACUUCUCACUUCAUUUCCCUUGGCAACUAGGGAUCUUAGGACAUCUUCAAUUAUCCGCUUACUUGUUUACCCGCGAUGUGAUACAAUAGCACGAACGUGGCGGGCAGGUUUUCCGCACAGGGGU